CGCGCUUCCGCUCUCCGUCCCUACGCCCGAUUGAUUCCCGCCGCUCGUUUACGCCAUCGCCCGCAUCCCUAUCCAUCCGCGCCAUUCUUCCCGGGCCCCUCCAUGAGCUGAGCGUCGCGCCCAGAUGAAGAGUGGCAUAUCCCACCGGAGCUUGAAGACUUCCAAUGUCCUCCUCCGAUCCCAGCCAUUACCGCCGAAGCCCUAGUCCUCAGUCAAUACCCCUCCAAGACCUCAAUCGCCCGCCGGACGACAACGAAGGCUAUGCGCCAGGGGCGGCGCAGCCGCAUAGGCGGACACUGAGCGAUCGCGGAAGGAAUCUGCUCAGGCAGUCCGCCUCAAUAGCAACCGGACAGCAUUGGACGCCGCAAUACGUGCCUAUAGCAGAGGCCUCGCCCAGCCCGACACGUUCCGCCAGCCGUCCCCAGAUCCAAACCUCCUUCUCGUAUGACCAGGGAACCGCCCAAGAGCCGGAAGAUGGAGCAUACUCGCCUUUGGAAGACGCAGGCGCUUUCCAGGCCGCCAUUGGCUUUUCCGGGCUCCCAGAUAUGGGAUUUCACGGAGAAACCUCGCCGCCCAUACCCACUCCCAUGUCCUCAGAGAUGUCCUACCAGCCCUACCCAACCGAUCCCUAUCUGUCAAGACCAGAAUCCGAAGACCAAGGCUACGUUCCGGCCGCAUCGUAUGAGGACACUGCACGCUUGACCGAUUCUCGCAAUCUACAGCCCAUAAGUGGUGCUCCUCUUGCGGCUUCGCCCCAUCGCGAAAGAGCUGGUAGUUUCCAGAGCGUGCGCUUUCUAACUCCAGAGGCUACCACUCCCGUGUCGAAAGGUGGAGAUGACAUUGGCUAUCUGGAAGCCGCGAGCCGGCGCGAGUCUUCGGCCCGCAAGCGGUCGCUCACGCCUGGCGAUGUCUCACCACUACAUCGCGCGGGGACCAUCGUGCGCAACAUGUCCCAGCGCGUCGUGAACAUCAGCAGUGAACCCGACAUCGCUGAGCGUACCAUGCGAAGGAAGUCCUCUUUGCGUCAUGCUCGACUCCAGGAGCCGCCUUCCCUCCCCGUCUUUCCCGAAUAUGCCCAUGAUGACGCCACUUCCCCAACGUCCCCGCUGGAAAAACCACCUUCCCCGACUCACUUCAAGCGCCCGAGUGUACAAUGGCAGCGUCCUCCAAACCCUCUCAAAGGGCGUACCUUGGGCAUCUUCUCUCCGGAGAACAAAUUGAGACUGUGGCUCUGCGACCUCCUCGUCCAUCCUGUCACAGAACCUCUACUACUCGUCCUAAUCAUAAUUCAAACUGUGUUGUUAGCGGUCGAUGCAAGCCAGGACGUAUUCAAACAUCCGCGUUCCACCAAAUGGGGAGUGAGUUGGAUUGAUAAAGCUCUUCUUGCUCUGUUCAUCAUAUACACCAUCGAGGUCUGCAUUCGCGUAAUCGUCUCUGGCUUCAUCAUCAACCCGGUCGAGUACAGCACGAUCAAUAGACAGGUGGGUCUCAGGGAGGCGAUAAAGAAUAAAGCCCGGCAACUCCUGGGAGGACCACAACGACAAUCCUCGCUGAAGCAAGCUGAUCCCAAUUUGGCUCCUGAGCAACCCUCGGUACUGCGAACCUUUACUACGGCGCAGAUGAAUCCGUCCAUUGGGCCAGGGGAUGCACGGCAACAGCAGCGUGUUCGAUUAGCCCAUCGAGCGUAUCUUCGCCACUCCUUUAACAGGACUGACUUCCUCGCCGUCAUCUCUUUCUGGAUCGCAUUUGCACUGAGCGAAUUUGGUUUUGAACAACAGCAUCAUAUUUACAUUUUCCGAAUGUUGAGUUGUCUUCGCAUUAUACGCUUGCUCAAUCUCACCAGUGGCACAUCGGUUAUUUUGCGCAGUUUGAAGAAAGCAGCGCCUUUGCUGGUGAAUGUAGCUUUCUUGAUCGGCUUCUUCUGGCUUCUUUUUGCCAUUGUCGGUGUCCAAAGUUUCAAGUCAAGCUUCAGACGGCAUUGCGUCUACAUCGAUCCGACAUCUGGAGAAAAGUUCCCUACCAAGCAGUUCUGUGGUGGCCAUCUCCGAAAUGUCUCCGAUGCGAUUAUCCCGGAGCCCUAUAUACCCGCUGCGGGAAUGCCAGCGGGCACUCACAAAGGAUUUCUCUGUCCCAAGGGAUCCCUCUGCAUGGAAGACCAGAACCCAUUCAAUGAUACCCAGAGUUUUGACAAUAUCUUCCACUCCUUGGAGUUGGUCUUUGUCGUUAUGUCAUCCAAUACUUGGUCAGAUCUGCUGUACACUGUGGCAGACAGCGACUACCUCAUCGGCGCUCUAUAUUUCGGCGUUGCCAUAUUGAUUCUCAGUUUAUGGUUGAUCUCUCUCUUGAUAGCGGUCAUCACCUCAACGUUUCAGAUCAUUCGCGAAGAGAGUAAGGCCAGUGCAUUCACGGGAGAAGAAAUAGUCGAGGACGAGGAGGUCGAUGGAGAGGGAGUUUCCAAACGGCGGGUCAGCAAAAUCAAGCGGCUGUACGACAAAACCUCCUGGGUAUGGAUCCUGGUUAUCGCCAGCGGCAUCAUGGUUCAGGCUUUUCGAAGUGCAAACAUGAGCGAUGCACGCCGCAGGUUUAUCGAUGUCUUUGAGACGGGCGUCACCCUGAUACUGCUCGGAGAGAUUGUGAUCAGAUUUGUCGUCGAUUGGAGGCACUUCUUCCAAAGCAAGCGGAAUCUUUUCGACCUUCUCAUUGCCAUCGUCACAACCGUCAUCCAGAUCCCUGCCAUCAAACGGGCCCAUGAUGGUCAGGCUUAUGCCUGGCUGACCGUCUUCCAGAUCGUUCGGAUAUACCGCGUGGUCCUGGCUGUACCAAUGACACGCGAUCUUAUCAUGAUCGUUUUGGGAAAUGUGGGUGGUUUGUUGAAUCUCAUCCUCUUUGUGUUCCUGUUGACCUUCCUUGCGUCGAUUUUCGCCACUCAGCUCUUUCGUGGAGAACUGCCGCAGACGUCUGACGGAGAGACGAUCGAAUACUCCUUCUUCACGAUUUAUAACGCCUUCCUCGGAAUGUACGUGAUGCUCUCCAGUGAGAACUGGACUUCAAUCUUGUACACCGUCACCAGCUACCAGAAACCUUUUGGAACAGCAUGGAUUGGAGCCGCUUUCUGCAUCCUCUGGUAUAUCGUCGCCAAUUUUAUCGUCCUGAACAUGUUUAUUGCUGUCAUUCAAGAGAAUUUUGACGUCUCGGAAGAUGAAAAGCGUCUCCAACAAGUGAAGGCAUUUCUUCAGAAGAAAGAGCAAGGCUUCAGCUCCUCAUACGGCAACCUCUCGCUGUCGUCCAUCUUCAAAAUCGGGCAUUCUUCGCGCAAGGAUCCUCUCGAUUACGGAGCCGCUGCCACCGAAAUGCUCCUGAAGGAUGCCGUGGUUCGCGAUUUCCUUGAUGAGAGAGACGACAUAACGAGCCCUCAUGUCGAUGAACCCGCUCCUGGGAACCUGAAACCAACGCCCACAAUGCCGGGCUCGGGGAAGGUGUCCACAUUGUGGCAACGCAUAUUGCGCAGGAUCAGCCACGGCGAACCCAAUCCGUUCUACGCUCCUCUAGAUUUCGGUCGAGCGUACGAGGACCUCGAUCCCAGGCGGAUGGCGAAGGAGGUGGUGACAGCGACAGAGAAGCGCAAGAGGGCCCAAAGAGAAUACUUGCGGAAGUAUCCCAACUAUAACGUCUCUCUGUUCGUAUUCAAGCCGACUAAUCCGAUCCGGAGGUUCUGUCAGCGCAUCGUAGGACCAGGGCGUGGGAAUGACCGCAUCGAAGGCGUCGCACCAUCGGUUCCCGUGUGGUACGCCUUCUCAGCCUUCAUCUAUGCCGCUAUUAUUGCUAUGGUCCUUCUAGCCUGCGUCACCACUCCGUUAUACCAGCGGGAGUAUUUCAAGAAGCAUGAGUUUAGCGUCAAGAAUUGGUUCGUCUUCACAGACAUGGGGUUUGCCCUUCUCUUUACCGUUGAGGCUUUGAUCAAAGUCAUUGCUGAUGGUUUCUUCUUUACCCCCAAUGCCUACUUCCGGGGGUCAUGGGGCUUCAUCGAUGGUGUGGUGCUGGCCACUUUGUGGGCCAAUGUCAUCACUUCACUCUACAACGAAGGGCAGGUCACUCGCACAGUGGGGGCCUUCAAAGCGCUCAGAGCACUUCGGCUUCUGAACAUCAGCGACAGCGCGCGGGACCACUUCCACUCUGUAAUAGUACGUGGAGGCUGGAAAGUGCUUUCGGCGUUCUUUGUAUCGCUGAGCCUGCUCAUUCCGUUCGCCCUCUACGGGCUGAACUUGUUCGUCGGACGGUUUGCCUUUUGCAACGACCGCACCCCUGACAUAUUCAACCUCCAUGACUGCGUUCACGAGUAUUCGAGCAGCCCGUUUGAUUGGGAUGUCCUCGCCCCGCGAGUUGCUGCGAACCCAUAUUUCGACUUCGACAACUUUGGAAAUUCCCUGUUCAUCCUCUUUCAGAUCGUUUCACAGGAGGGAUGGACAGGCGUCAUGUGGGCAGCUCAGAGUAUCACCGGCGUCUUCACGCAGCCUCGGGACUUUGCUUCGCAAGGUAACGCGGUCUUCUUCAUCGUCUUCAACUUGCUUGGAGCGGUCUUCGUGUUGACCCUGUUCGUCUCCGUCUUCAUGCGCAAUUACACCGAACAGACUGGUGUAGCGUAUCUCACGACGGAUCAACGAUCCUGGCUCGAACUUCGCAAGCUGCUUCGCCAAGUAUCUCCGUCCAAGAGGCCUUCGUCGACGAAGCAGAGAGAAACAUGGGAGGAAUGGUGCUACCGACGUGCGGUCCGUAAGACCGGCCGUUGGCAGAGAUUCAUCACCGGCCUUCUAUGUGUUCACCUCGUGUUGUUAUGUCUCGAAUGGUACCCAGGCUAUGGCCCAUGGGAGCGCGCACGAGACUAUAUUUUCCUUCUAUUUACGAUCAUAUUCAUUGCCAAUGUGAUUAUCCGCAUCAUCGGCCUGACGUGGCAGCGAUUCCGGAAGAGUUCAUGGGACGUUUUCUCCAUCCUAGCUGUCUCGGGCACCUUCAUUACAUCAAUCCUCGUUCUCACGAACUCCACGCAGCGAGCCUUCAUCCAACUGCACAAACUCUGCCUUGUUUCCAUCGCAUUACUCCUUAUACCGCGCAAUAACCAACUGGAUCAACUGUUCAAAACGGCGGCAGCAAGUCUGGCAGCGAUAGCGAAUCUUCUAGCAACAUGGUUCGUACUUUUCUUGGUGUACGCCAUCGCUCUUACACAGACAUUCGGUCUGACCCGAUUUGGGGCCAACGAAACUGGAAACGUAAAUUUCCGCAACGUGCCCAAAGCUCUCAUUCUUCUCUUCCGGACGAGUAUCGGAGAAGGAUGGAACGAGAUCAUGGAAGACUUCGCGACUGUCGACAAGCCCUUCUGCACGAACGCCGCCAGAUUCUUUGACAGCGACUGCGGGAGCCCUGAAUGGGCGCGUGCCCUUUUCAUCAGCUGGAAUAUCUUGAGCAUGUACAUCUUUGUCAACUUGUUCGUCUCGUUGAUCUACGAAAGUUUCAGUUACGUGUACCAGCGGAGCAGCGGGUUGUCUGUCAUCAGCCGCGAAGAAAUUCGCCGGUUCAAACAGGCUUGGGCAGAAUUCGAUCCCAACGGUACUGGUUACAUCUCGAAAGAAGUGUUCCCUCGUCUUCUGGGGGAACUCUCUGGUAUAUUCGAGAUGCGCAUCUACGAUGGCGACUUCACAGUCGGAAGGCUCAUCGAGGAAUGCAGUGCUCCCGGGAGAAGGCAGUCUCAUCUCCCUGUCCAGGGUCACGAACCGACAGCCGAGAUCGAUCUCAACAAACUGAACGAGCGGCUUGCACAUCUGCCUGUGGCGGAGAUUCGGCGACGCAGACAUCGCAUGAAUACUUUCUAUGAAGAAGUGCUUGUCUCGAGCGAUCCUGACCGAGGCAUUGGCUUCACUUCUCUGCUCAUGAUACUAGCUCAUUACAAGGUUAUCAACGAUAAUAAGAGCUUGAGAUUAGAAGAGUUCCUCCGCCGUCGAGCACGCAUGCAACGUGUAGAAGAGCAAGUGCGCCGCAACGUUGUCAAAGGCUUCUUCGACACAUUAUAUUGGACACGCCGCUUCCGCCGUGCCAUUGAACAGAAACAGUCCGGCCGCAUGACAGCUGUACCCCAAUUCACAGUCCCGGAAAUCUUUGUCGACGAUGAAGACAUCACAGAUGCGAAUCGCGGAAACUACUCUACCCCCGGCGGCUCCCUUUUUACACCCGUGGAUCUCCACGCCGGGGAUUACGGCGACUGGCGCGCCUCAGGCAGCGAUGCACGAUCCCCCUCCCCGCCGGGCGAUAUGACAUUGCGCAGUCGCGCGAACUCCAUACAGACAACCCCACAACAAUCUCCGACUCGAGCCUCGCCGCUCUCACCGUCCAGAGUCUCGCCGCAAAUGUCGCCCUUCUCCCCGCCAGCAGACGGCGAAUGGCAAUUUGCGUCAGCGCUCAGUCGCCCUCCUAGUCCGCUCGAGCCAGAUGGUUCGGCGACAGGUGCUCGCAGCAGGGCGAAUAGCGCAGUCAGCGCGGCGGAUGUCUUGGAGGUGCUGGAUAAUUCCGCCUGGGGGGAGAGUAUUCGGAGAAGCUUCACGCAGCGGAGAUCGGGUCAUUCUGGCGGGAGGUGAUGAUGGAGGUAUGGGUUGGACUAUUUUUGGCGCUUUAGAAAAAGUGGGUUGAUGGGCAGGGCCAGUCCAGGCUGUCUGGCGACGUCCAUGACACUAUUCACGGAGGAUUCAUGUUUCACUCGCAGAAU